AUAGAGGAAGCCGUAACCAUAUUAGUAGGAUAAACGUGUCGCCAGCGUGUCGUUGUUAGUGCGGCCCUGCUACCGAAACGUGUUAUCAUUAUAAAACGAAGACGUUGGCAGGAAUCGUCAAAGAUACUAGCAAUCGGAUAGACUUUGCGAAUAAUAAAAAUGUACAAGCUAUUUUGGAAAUUCCUCUUUCUAACUGUUCUCAUCUUACCAAUAACAGUCAAUAUAAUAGGAUUUGAGAAUGGCAAAAUGAUUGCUUUCGCCGAAGAAGACAACCUCGAAGGAGAAGACGGGGAAGAGGCCAGUGUAGAAUCAGAUGAACCAGCAGCUACAGAAAAUGAGCCGACGGAUGCAACUGCAGCAGAACAAACAGAUAAAGAGGAGGAAGAGGAGGAAGAAAAACUAAAACCGUCUCCUGACGCCGAAUCUUCCAUAUUAUUCGUUACACCUACUUCAACAGAUUUACCGGCUGGAAAGCCAGUCCGAGUUUUGGUUGGCUUAACCAACAAUGGUGACAAAAAUUUCAUUGUUGAUACAAUUGAUGCGGCCUUCCACUACCCGCAAGACUACUCUUACUACUUUCAAAAUUUCACCGUUGUUAAAUAUGAUUCAGUUGUAGAGCAAAAUAAGCAAAUGACUUUCGACUACGUCUUCACUCCAAGUGAUUCUUUCAGUUCUAGACCGUUUACUUUAACUGUUAAUCUCAACUAUAAAGAUGCGGACGGAAAAGUCUUUCAGGAUGCUGUCUUCAAUGAAACGAUUACCAUGGGUGAGCCUGACGAAGGGUUGGAUGGCGAAACAUUUUUUUUGUACGUCUUCUUAGCAGCGAUGGUCGUUUUAAUGAUUGUCGGAAUCCAACAAUUGCUCAUCUCUUUUGGCAAAAAGAAACAUUUGCUUAAGCCCAAACGUAACAUAGUAGAAACAGGGACGCAAAAAGCCGAUGUUGACAUGGAUUGGAUCCCAAAACAAUCCCAUAUGAAAAAAUCACCCGGUCGAUCGCCGAAAUCAUCACCAAGACAGCGUAAAAGGGGAAAUGCCGAGAAUGCUUAG